AUGAAUAAAAUAAAUGAAUCAAUGACAUAUGAAAUUGUUGUAUUUAUGUUAGUAGUAUUAUGUUUAUCAUCAGCAAUUAUAUUUGGUGUUUUAAAUUCUUAUUUAAAUAAAGAAAAUAUAAAUUUAAAUAAUUCAGAAAAUUUAAAUAAUUCAGAAAAUUUGAAUAAUUCAGAAAAUUUGAAUAAUUCAGAAAAUUUGAAUAAUUCAGAAAAUUUGAAUAAUUCAGAAAAUUUUGUUGAUUCAGAAAUUUUUAAUAGUUUUGAUAAUUUGGAAAAUACAAAUUAUUUAGAAAAUUUGGAAAAUUGUUAA